AACGCUUGGAACCAAACCAAAUCCCAGAAAAUCGCACCAAUGUCAGAGCCUCCAAACCCAAAACCCAGGCUCGUAAUCUGCGUAGGCGACAUCCACGGCUUCGUAACGAAGCUGAAAAAUCUAUGGUCGAACCUCGAACGCAGCAUCGAACGAUCCGAAUUCGAAACUGCCACCGUAAUCUUCCUCGGCGACUACUGCGACCUCGGUCCCGACACCCGCCUCGUCAUCGAUUUCCUCGUGGCGUUGCCCUCCCGUUACCCGCGGCAGAAGCACGUCUUCCUUUCCGGCAACCAUGACCUGGCCUUCGCCGCCUACCUCCACCUCCUGCCGCCACCUCCGAACGGGAAGCCGUUCUCGGAUGGGUGGAAGGAUUACCCGUCGCAGGAGGAAUUUGAAGGGUGGUUCAGUGGUGAGGGGUUCGAGAAUAUGCACGUGCAAGGUCGAAGGUGGAGUGGUAAGAUGAAGCAUCCUUUUAAGACUUUGGAGACGGAGUAUCAAGGAUCGGUUUACGACGCUAGGCCAACCUUUGAAUCCUAUGGAGUUCCCCAUGGUUCCGCUGGUUCGCCUCUCUUGUUCUUGGCUUUGCCUACCACUGAUUGUUUUCGUCUUCUUUUCCUUUCCUGCCAAUUCAAUUUACUUAUUACUACUUACAUUGAAAGAAAAAGAUUUUAA